UUUUUAUUCUUUUCUCCAGCAGAAAACCUCCCGCCAACAACACCUAUAAGCUCUUCUUCAGUGAUACCAGAAACCGCCUCGCUGACAAACCCUCGAACUCGUCGCUGAUACCAGAAACCGCCUCGUCAACACACCUUCGACACCCACAGGGAUACCAGAACCCACACACACCCUCAAACACACCCUCAAACACACCCACACACACACCCAGACACCCACCCACACACACCCACACACACGCAACAUGGGGAAGUGCAUAGCCUACGUCGCCGCUGCCGUCGUCUUCACUGGCCUCGGGGCGCUCAUAGCUGGUCUGGCUGUGUGGUACGCCGUGCCCGAAGUCGCCGUAAAGUUUACGUCUGAGAGUCGACGAGCUGAGUGCCAACUUGAAUCAACUCAAAAUGUUUCUGGAACCAUCUACUUCCACCAGAGUUCAGAGUCGGGACCAGUAGAUAUUGGCGGAAACGUUACAGGACUCACCCCAGGCAAGCACGGCUUCCACAUCCACGCCUUCGGGGUCUCGGGCACCGACUGCAAGGCCGCCGGCGGGCACUACAACCCCUUCCAGAGCAACCACUCCGCGCCCAACGCCACCGAACGCCACGUCGGGGACCUCGGCAACAUCCUCGCCGGGGAAGACUCCGUUGCCUACGUUGAUAUUCUGGACAACGAGGUGACUCUGUUCGGCUGGUACUCCGUGCUGGGUCGCGCCGUGGUCGUCCACGCCGGCGAGGACGACCUGGGCCUCGGGGGGAACGACGGGUCCCUCUCCACGGGCAACGCGGGGGGGCGUGUGGCCUGCUGCACCAUCUUCGCCGUCCCUGAGUAGAGGGGGGGGGGAAGA